CACCAGUUUUCAUUCAUGUAACUCGUACAUGAUACUGUGACAGUAGUAGCGGUAGUAUACUCAACGAUAGGUUAAUUGUUGAUUUAUUACGAGGUGGAAUGCUAAUUAAAUUAGUAAUUAUCAAAUAAAACGGUACUGAAAAACGGAGAAAAGUUAGUUAUUAUGUAACCUGUUCCAUUGCAUUCGCUUCGUUUUGCCCACGUGCAUCAGAGUGUCGUUGUCCCGUCAUUACGUAUUUACGUCAUAUGGCUUAUACGUGAAAUCCCGUUACGAUGACGAACAUUGUGUUACAAAAUCAUCGUGUAAAGUAUCUCACAAAACUAUGUCGACCGUUUAGCAUGAAAAGGGAAGACUUGCAAGGCAAUCGACGACUUCAUCCACCCGACACGAUCGGUCCACCCGAUCCCGUUUCAAACCUGAGACCGAUCGUAUUUGCCCGGCCUGCGAAGGAAACGUAUUUACAAAAGAGGUAUAGAGAGCUUAGAGACGAGACUCAACAAUGGAAUCACGCAUUCUGGUCCAAGCACAAUACUAGUUUCGUUGAGGAACGUAAACAGUUUCAAGAAUCGCUGAAAGCACAAGGGAAAAUAACAUUAAACGCAGAUGACAUGUCAGUAUUCUAUAAACGAUUCCUAGAUAAAAAUUGGCAGUCUCACGUCAGUUACAACAUCGCAUGGUACAAAAGAAACGUACAAAUUUUAUUGUUCGGAAUAGCGGCGAAGAUAUCUCAGUUUAAGUUUAAAGAAAAGGUUUCAUAAUUAUAUUUGUGAAACGGCAUGUUCGUGUGGGUAAAUUCCUGUGAUACCGAAAUUGUUUAAAUAAACAUUUAUAUGGAAAAAAA